UUUCUUUUGAAAGUCACAAAAAUGUAUUACUACUUUUUCUCAAAAAAUAAAUAAAUGUAAUACUAUACUACUAUUCAUUAUCUUCCAAGACAUUACAUGUUUUGUGUUUAAUUCCCUAUAGCCCUACUUUUACUCUACCUCUGUCUCACUUUUCACCUUUUACAGAGACUGUUUUCGCCGCAACUAACAGAGAGCCUCCAUCUAAUUGACUAUAUAUAUAACUUUGACAAACCCUAACGGAUCUUUUCUCUUUUCUUGUACCAUCUCGUGACUCUCCCUAUCCAGUCGGUGACUCUAUCUCUCUCUCUCUGUCUAAUCUUAGAUGUUCAUUGGGUUUUCUUUCUUUCUUUCUUCAAGGUGUCAAAUGAACAUCUCUAUCUUUUCAUUUCCUUUCUAGUACAUAGAAUCUUCCUUUUCCCUCCUUAAAGUGUUGACAUUUUUGCUAAAUUUAGUAAACAAAGAUUUUGUCAGAGGGUUUAAGGGUUUAUCAUCACCCUACACAGAUAAACACCCCAAAACAAAUCAAGAUUCAUUUCCCAAAGCCUUAUUGUAACUUUCCUAAAAAGGAAACCUUAAAUCUUCUCUCUCACACGAUCAUUUGAGUUGGUACAAUUCUCAGAAAUUUUCUGAAUCGACUUUUAAAAAGAAAACUUAAUUAAGAGUUAACCACCUCCUCAAGUCCAACAGUUAUCAGAACAGUACUCCUCUGUUUUUUUUUUCUCUCUCUCUCAUCGGCAGAGAAAUGUCGUCUUGUCUAAGCGGCGGCGCCACCUGUACUUUCAAGCUGAAAACGAUGAAAUCUCCGCCGUCGAGAGCCGCCUCCUCACACAACACUCCUUCACCGUCAUCUACAAUCUCCGAAUCCAACUCGCCUCCGUUCACAAUCUCCACAAGAAGGCCAAGGACUCGGCGGAAACGACCAAACCAAACUUACAACGAAGCGGCGGCUCUCCUCUCCACCGCAUACCCAAACAUCUUCUCCUCCAUGAGAAACACUCUGUUUCCCGGGACUAAGUCUCCUCUCAGCGACUACGACGAAGCCUCCCAGUUACUUCUUCCCUUUGAGACAAUCGACGAGGUGUUCAAUCCCGCAAUACAGACCGAACCGUAUCAGUUCUUGGAGAAGAAAGAGCUCAGUUUCAACUCGGAGGUGACUCGGUUUGAGUUAUUAGACGCCUUCGACGCGGAAUCGAUUAUUCUUGAUGAUGAGGAGAUUGAAGAAGGGAUAGAUAGUUUUAUGGGGAGCAACGAAUCCAACGACGGAGAAUGUACGACGAUGCCUUGGUACCGAAGCUCCAUAGGAUUCAGCUCCCCCGGAAACUCCCUGUUAGGGCUCGGCUUGAGGAGCUCUCUUCGGGAAGAAGACGACGAUGAUGAUGGGAGCUUGUGUAGAUAUCCCACUGUAGAACUCAAGCACAUCUCGCCGAGAAUUCAGACCACCACAACCGCCGCCGCAUCAACCGAUGACGUAGCCGUGGAUAGUAUCAAGAGUAAGAAAAAAAAGACGAAGAAGAAGAAGAAGAAGAAAGUGGCUGCGGCGGCGGCGGAAUCAAGGAGCGUUGAAGAUUUGACGACGGAGAAGAGAGUGAGUACGUUUUUGAAGCUUGACUACGAGAGGGUUUUAGAGGCUUGGUCGGAUAAGGAGUCGCCUUUCUCCGAUGAGAUUCUUGGCUCGCACGCUACCGAAGUAGACAUCCAUGCAAUGUUGGCUGAGAUAGAUUUGUUUGGAGAAAGUGGAAUGAGAGAAGCUAGUGUGUUGAGGUAUAAAGAGAAACGGAUGAAUCGACUCUUCUCCAACUCUAAACAAAUUCGAUAUCAAGUUCGUAAACUCAGUGCCGAUCAACGACCCCGUAUGAAGGGACGAUUUGUGAGACGGCCCAACGUAAGGAACUUAAGUGGGUUAUUGUGAGAAGAAAAGAGUGGAAUCUCUUUUGUUUAUUCAUGUUUAAUGAUCAAAGUUGUCUUUUUUUGUUGAUCAUUAGAGUUUAUAAAACGCAUGUAAACUUGCCAACAGUAAUCAAGAUGAUCGGUAUAAUAACAUAUGAUUA